CCUUCUCCUGUCUUCAACACCACCACAUCCAACCAUCAACACCACCUUUUUGGUCAACACAAGCUUAAGCUACAAUCCUAGUACGUGGGGAGAUAGCGUCGAGCUUGCGGCAGAGUGUGGUACAGCAUCAGUAGUACUAAUUGCUUUUGCGGCGUAAUCCCGCCAUGGCAUCGAAGCUGGUUUAUGUCUAGUGGCAUCCGGCGUCGAUAUCAUGUCCGUGAUGCAUUGUGGAAAGAAGCUGCAAGAAGAGCCGCAUUUGUGUUAUGUUCGUAAGGCUUUUCUCAUUUCUCCGGCGUCAAAUUGCUUGCCUUGAUUUUGGCCCCAUGGGUUUACUGGCAGAUAUAGACUUACGACCGCGGCACCUACAUUGGCUACCAUGACCGACUUGCAUUAAGAGACCACGACCACGCGUUGGCGAUCAGUGACGAGAUGGUUGGGAGGAAUUGCUCGUGGCUUGUUUUCUGCAUUUGGCUGGAUCGUGAUCCCACGUACCCUUGCGAUCAAUUCUCACAUUAUCAACUACGAAUCGCUUCCUGCUUGGAGGGCAGGAGGAGUCCAGUGGUUACGCCAACCAUGUACCCUUCCAUGAUCGAGAUCUGGUGUCAACUACUCACUCUCUCUAUCAAUAUAUCCUGAGUAACGGCAUAAAAUCGCUGCCGUGUAGCGUUGAGCAAUGAAAGGUGUCCGUCGAGGACGUUUCACCCGUUCCUGGUAGCAGAUACCAGGCAACUGUUACGAAAGAGAUCUCCCGACUUUCUUCUCCAGAAGCGCUUCAUGUUGGCAAACCUCAAGUACUCCGAAAAUCGUCGGCAUGACUUCAAGUAUCCGAGUUGUAGCCGAUCCUCGUACUACAUUGGCAUUGUUUCUGUCAUGCAGUAGUCCGUCGAAUCUGCCGAUUACAAUGUUGGGUUGCGAACCCAGUGAAUUUCUGGAACUUCAUCUUGGAAAUCAGCUUUCUUUGCCCAACGAACCGGGGCGUAACAGCGUAAGUUUUGUCUUUCGGUUAUCUUUUACAGAUUGCGUGCUUCAGUACUUCCAUCUAAUUAGGGUGUGGCGCCCAACACAGCCUCAAAGUCCCUGGCACCUUUGAUAAACUCGCCCAAGUUCGCAACGACCCAGCUCAUAUGAUCCAAUUACAAUGAGGAGGCGCAAGGCUGUGAUCUGAGCUGCGAAGAGGCAUCAUACAUGAACCGUUCGAAUUGUCACUGCAGCCAACCUCACAGCCCUCUGCACUUUUGCGGAUGAGUUGUCCAAGGAGCCUGACCUCCACUGGCAAGUGUUAUAAUAAGCAACAGGGAACAUGUUCAUGCCGCGACCAUCUUACCUUUGUGAUCUUGUAGUGGCUACCACGAUGCGCAUUAUCACAAUCGCACUCCUCCUCAUGCCUGCUUUCGCCUUGGAAGGCACUGACCAAUCAGAUGGAAUUCACAAUGAAUUGAGUGAUCUCUUCCCUGCUUUGGUCAACUUUAGUUCAACUCCUCCGCCCUCACAUCACCCACUUCUAGGGGGCAUGAGUUUGGCUUAUUGCUGCUUCACUGCCAUCAGCACUGGUCUCAGCCUUGAUAAUGGCAGCCUAGUAAUAUUAGAUUCAACCUUUUUCUCUCCGGGAACCACAGCCUCGGAUUUCUUGCAUGCAGACCAGUUUCCAUGCACAGCUGUCUACAACGGCAACCAUUCUGGUGCUCCAGUCGUUCGGUCAUCAUUCAAAUGGUGCAACCAACAAUGCCCUGGCUGGCAAAUCUCCAAGUCGAAGAAACUUCAGCAAUGGGUCGGGCCAAUGGUCGCAUUUAUCUUCCCAUGCCUGGUGUUUUGUCUAAGCAUUCCCAGGCGCAGGAAGCUUGAAGUAAGCGACAAACUCUUCAUGCCAAGUCUGGACAACACCUGGAGCUUCUUCAUGACCCCGCUGCGGUUUCUCGCAGCCGCUACUAUCGUCUUGACUGAUACAAUCACCUGGCUCUGUCUCUGCUUUGCAUUUUCUGGACCCGUGAUCCUCAGUGGAGUCUUUGAGGCUUUCCUGGAUAGUCGGAUUCUGGACUUUGUACAGCAAGGUCUUCAACAUGGGAGGUUGGACAAGAAUUUUGCUACAAGACUUCUGUAUAUCAUUCUCAUCGGAAAUCUGGACUUCAGAUGGAGCAACGAAGUCAGGGAUCUGGAAACAGAAGAGGAUGCUUGGAAUGAUCUGGAGAGCUUGCUUCAAGAGCCACAUCCGUCCACGAGGCUGCCAUCCAUGCUCGAUGCACAGACAUCGUUUGGGUCUGCUGUAGGAGUGCCCAUAGUCUUCUUCGCAGGAGGAUUCCUUUACACGCUCUUCGACGUUCUUGCAAACCUUGGCAACAACGAUAUUGCGCACGCUCUCGCGUUUGGGAUGUGGUGGAUGACGAUCCCACAUGUUGCGAUAAUAUCCUCCCUGCUCCUAGCAGGCAACAAUCCAUCAACAUUCCAGUCAGCUGUUUCAACUCCCACCAUCAAACACCCUCCGACCUUCCACCUCUUCGCACUAUCCUUCCGUUCUCGCUACAAAACACAGUGGAUGUGGUUCCGCGGUCGAUCCAAAUCAAUCUGGCUCCAAAGACUUCUUUCCAAACCCCUUCAAACUUUACGCCGCCCCAAAAACAACUUUCCGACCUCCGUACGCACACAAUUCUCACUUACUCAACCUGGUCCAAAAUCAUCAUCCUCACCAUCCUUCCCCUCUUCAUCCCCUUCCUCCUCGCCUUCCUCACCUCCUACUACACGCCACAAAAAGGUCUCUCCUGUAGGUCCCUAA